AAACUGCAAAACUGUUGAUGGCAUUUUUGCAAUGAUUGAUGGCAUUGUUGAGGAAGUCGGUGAAGAAAAUGUUGUUCAAGUUGUGACUAGGAAUGAAUCUAGCUAUAGAGCUGCUGGGAAAAUGUUGGUGAGCAAAAGGAGGAGACUUUUCUGGAUGCCUUGUGUUAUUGAUAGCAUUAAUUUGAUGCUGGAGGAUUUCGUGAAAAAGUUACAGAUCCAUAGAGACACAGUUGCAAAUGGGAGGAGAAUUACAUCUUAUAUAUACUCAAGAAGUUGUCUGGUUUCUUUGUUGCAUCAUUUUACUAAGGGUAAAGAUUUGAUUAGGCCAGGAGUGACCAAAUUUGCCACAUGCUAUCUAACUUUGAAGUGUCUCCAUGAAAACAAGGGGCAUUGGAGAAGAUGUUUACAUCCAAACAAUGGAAAUCCAGUUUUUUUUCUAGAACAACAGGUGGGAAACUAGUUCAAAGUCUCGUUAUGGAUGAUAAGUUUUGGAAAAGUGUUGUGGUUUGCUUGCUUGGCGCUAGUCCUCUGAUCAAGGUGCUUCAUUUGGUGAGUUUGGACCAGAAACCAGUCAUAGGUUUCAUUUAUGAUGAAAUGAAGAGAGUAAAAGAGAAGAUACAGCAUGCCUUUAAAUUUGUCAAGAAACGUUAUAUGCCUUUAUGGGAUAUCAUAGAUGAAAGAUGGGACGAAGAAACUCUUAGGCCUUUGCAUGCCACAGUUUAUUAUCUUAACCCUCGGUUCCACUAUGAUCCUAGUUUCGAAGAAGAUUUUGAUGUUAAACUUGGUUUGUACGGGUCUUUAAGCAAGAUGAUAGCAAAGCAAGACUGGUCUAAGGUUGAUCAUAUGCUUGAAGAUUUCAAGCAUGCAAGAAACUCUCUUGGUAAUGAAAUAACCAAGAUUGCAAUUAAAACCAAGAAUCCUGCUGAUUGGUGGGAUUCAUAUGGUUCUGAACUUCCCGAGCUCCAACAUUUUGCUAAACGAAUACUGAGUUUGACAACCAAUUCUUUUGGCUGUGUGGAUAACCGGAAUGCCUUUGAUACGGUACACAUGAAGAGAAGAAAUCGUUUGAGGCAACAGAUACUGAAAGAUGUACUGCUAGUGAUGACUAAUUCAAAGUUAACCAAAAGGCACCAAGCUGAAAAAUCCAUUGAAUAUAGCAUAGACGAUCUUUCUUCUGAUGAUGAAUGGAUUACAGAGAGUAAUGAAAGCGUAUCUAACAAUGAAGAGCCAGAGUUAGAUGACUUGUGCUUGUUUAUUCCAAUUGAAGAUGACGAGGCAGAUUCUAAAAAUGAUAAUGGUGCUUAUGUAGAUGAUCUACAGAUUCAUGAUGAUGAUGAUAUUGAACUUGAUGAAGCGGCAGAUGUUGAUGAUGAAGAUGGGGAAAGUUACUCAACAGAUGAUGUCACGGAUAGAGGUGUGUUCUUAAAGUCCCCUGCAUAUGUUCUUUCAUAACGAGUAGCAUGCUUCUUUAGUUUUACAAUUAGUAACAGAAGUUUCAGGUGUUUCUUUUUUGGCUUUAUCUUGUUGGCAUUAACCAACAGUGACUGAAAUCUCUUCCUUCACGACAAUUGGCGUCACUCAAAAAUAUGCUCUGGGCUUUCAACU